GUUAAAGCACAUAGAAGUAGAACCAUCUCAAACAUUCCUUUUUCUCAAAAGCUACUAAUUUUUCUUUUUUCACCAAAAAAUUAAAUAAAUCCUCCUCCUUCUCCAUCAAUGGACACUUCUCAAUGGCCACAGGAGAUGGUGGUGAAAUCCAUGGAAGAGAUAAUAGUACCAAAAAAUACAAAUUAUACAAGGAAAAUUAGGCCUCAUCAACAACAACAAAAACAACAAAAUGAUCAAGCUUUGAAGAAUUGUCCAAGGUGCAAUUCAACAAAUACAAAGUUUUGUUAUUACAAUAACUAUAGUCUUUCUCAACCAAGAUUUUUUUGCAAGAAUUGUAGAAGAUAUUGGACUGAUGGUGGAUCUCUUAGGAACAUUCCUAUUGGUGGAGUUUCAAGAAAAUCCAAGAAAUCAUCAUCAAAUAAUAUUAUGAAAAAUAAUCUUAUUUCUCCUAAAAUACAAGAUAUUAAUAAUAAUACUCCUAAUAAUAAAGGGGUUGAUCAAGAUCUCAACUUGGAUUUUUCAUCUGAUUUCAAGAUUAUUUCUGAGUUGAUCCAAGUACCAAAUAAUAAUUCAUUUAUGCCAAUCAUGCCUAGUAUGUCUGAUCCAAAUUCAAUUUACUUAUUCUCUAGUGAUUUGGAUCAUGGGUUAAUUGGAAGUAGUAGUACUAGUGAUGGUGGCUAUGAAUGUAAUAAUAUUAUUCAAGAUUUGCAAGUGUGUACUACUACUACUACUACAAGUACAACAACAAGUGGAGGGAUUUUGUUUCCUUUUGAAGAUCUAAAGCAAGUUUCAAACACAAGUGAGCAAAGUAGAGAUGGAGAAUCAUCAAAUGGAUAUUGGGAUGUAAUUUUAGGAGGAAAAUGAGAUACUGGUACAACAACAUAUCCAAUAUAAUUUCCAAAGGUCCGGAGAAGAUAGGUCUCUAUAUCAAUUGAUUGUUCGAACUCAUUGAUAAUGUUAUUAAUUGUCGUAGCAAUCUUCGUAUGAUAACUUAGAAAUAUAGUCUUAUAAAUUUUCCCAACAUGCUAUAUGUAACAUGUAUUACUACAUAUUUACAUUGAUGCAAUUUAUUUUUUUACUA